GCACAGUGGUACAGUCUAUGACUAUAAAAGGAAAGGUCAGCAGGGGGCCUUACACUGCGUGCCGUACUGAGGAGGUGAAAUCAUGUCUGCAGGAAACGCUCACAUCGGGAAGCCAGCCCCAGAUUUUGAGGCAACUGCAGUAGUGAAUGGAGAAUUUAAACAAGUUAAACUGUCAGACUACAGAGGUAAAUAUGUUGUGCUGUUCUUCUAUCCCCUGGACUUCACCUUCGUCUGUCCCACGGAGAUCAUCGCCUUCAGCGAACACGCAGAGGAAUUCCGCAAGCUUGGCUGCGAGCUUAUCGCAGCUUCUGUAGACUCCCACUUCAGUCACCUUGCAUGGACCAAUGUUCCUCGCAAGGAAGGCGGUCUGGGACCCAUGAACAUUCCUCUUGUGUCUGAUCUGAAACACUCCAUUUCCAAAGACUAUGGUGUUCUGAAGGAAGAUGAUGGCGUUGCCUACAGGGGUUUGUUCAUCAUUGACGGCAAAGGAAUCCUCCGCCAAAUCACUAUAAAUGAUUUGCCUGUGGGCCGCUCUGUAGAUGAGAUCCUCCGCCUGGUUCAGGCCUUCCAGUUCACCGACAAGCAUGGAGAGGUUUGUCCUGCCGGAUGGAGGCCUGGAAGCAGCACAAUCAAGCCCAGUGUGAAGGAAAGUAAAGAAUACUUCUCUGCAAACAACUAAGCCAAUGCUACUCCAUAUGAUGUGACUAUCCCUGUGACAAUGGGACCCCUAACCUGCACUGAUUUUUGUUUGUAUUCAUGCUGACACUCCAUCCCUCCAUGUUAUGGAGGCAAAAGCACUUAGUUCUUCCAUCUUCAAUAAAAUGUUGUUAGAACUCC